UGCGCAAACUAACAGGCAACUUGACAGCUACCUCACUUCGAACUAUUGCUUUAGUUUACACACAAUGAAGGUAGCUAUCUUGUUGUACGUGGUUAAACUCUUGUUCUUUAUACCUGAUGGAGCUUUGGGAGCUUACCAAUCAGCUGGAUGCUCAGAUGAAGGGUGUGGAAUACCAUGUUAUCUUCGCCCAGCGAGUGAUACUUGUCACUACACUGACCAUAGCGAUUCACCAUGUGAUGAUGGGAGUGGAGAUGACCUGUUGAAUGAAUUGUGGUUCCUCAACAAUACUUUUGUCCGACUUCAGGAUAAGCUUAUACAGAAAGGAAUAAUUCCAGCUGGAGACUACUGCAGGCCUCUCCCAAAUAUUGAGCAUGGAGGAGUGAUAUACACCGACCUCCUUAUUAGCACUGGUGUAUUUGCUACAUAUGUAUGUGAACAAGGCUACAGCCUGCACGGACAUGGAAAAUACGAGUGUGCAGUAGAUGGGGUUUGGUUAGGCAAUACCACAGGACAGCUACCAACUUGUGAAGAUUCUCUGGUUAUAUGCGCACCGCUUGUUGCUAUUCCCAGUGGCCACAUUAGCUACACGAUAAAAGAUGCCACACAAAUUAAACCGGGUGAUAUUGUUGUCUACUCCUGUGAUCAACCGUACACACUAGAAGGCUCAAGCUAUCGAGUUUGCCUAAGCAAUGGAACGUGGACAGAGGAGGAGCCGUUAUGUCUCGCACCUGAUGAUUCAAAACCAAGCACUCGCACAGCAGAUAGUCAAUUGCCAGUCAAAAUUGGUAUACCUUUGGGGAUUUUCGGUGGAAUAGUACUACUUGUUAUUGCUUGUGGUUUGAUUUUCAUCGUAGCCCGAAAGAAGUAUAGAAAAGGUUAUAAGAACUUAAAGGAAGAUGUCGAUGGUACACAAAGCAGCAGGGCUCCAGCUCAAGAAGAAGACACACAAACUUUAGUUGAAACAGUUCAAUAACAGAAAUAUUAGCUCCAUUAUUAUAGCUGCAUAAACAAACUGAUACUGUAUAUAGCUCAGACUAAUAAAUAAGUUUGUGGACACUCCGUACAUGAUAUAAUUAUAAUACAGACAGACUAUUAAUAAUGUAUACUUCUAUAAUGUUCACAGUUACUCUCUACUGUAUUUAUUGCAGUUCGUUGCAGUUGCACACAUGUGCAUAUAUUUAACUUUGA